AUGCUAGUUCGCUCUCUUUUGGAGAGCAUCGAGGGCUUCCGAACAGGCUUAUGGGGAGACACGCGACAGCGUGCCCCUUGGCUUUGGCCAUACGCGGCACUCAUCUUGGGAAUCGCCGUUAUUGCCUUCUUCUUUCGCAGAAAAAGGUCCAAUUUGCGAGUGUAUAACCCGAAACAAUGGUGGGAGUUCACCAACAUGAGGUCCAGGAGGGACUUUGACACACAUGGGCCAGACUGGAUCCAGGCUUGGUUUUCAAAGAACAACGAGCCCAUCCGCUUCGUUGUCGAUUCGGGAUACUGUUCCAUCCUCCCAUCCUCCAUGGCUGACGAGUUUCGGAAAAUGAAGGAACUUUGCAUGUACAAGUUCUUGGCAACCGACUUCCACUCCCAUCUCCAUGGCUUUGAUGGGUUCAAGGAGGUCACCCGAGAUGCGCAUCUUGCGACCAAGGUUGUCUUGGGUCAGUUUCAGACACAAGCCAAUAAAUACGUUGUCCCAUUGUCCAUAAAAGCCAAGGCUGCUAUAUCGGAUGUGAUGGGCGACGACAAAGGAAAGAAUCUGCGCGAUCAAGUAGACAAGACACGCAGCCUCGUCGAACCCAUCGUGCAGAAACGACGCGCCGAGAGAGCGGCAUGCUUAACGAAGGGCGUAAAACCGCCAGUAUACGUCGAUUCGAUACAGUGGUUUGAAGAAGCGGCCAAUGGCGAUUGGUACGAUGCUGCCGGCGCUCAGCUCGCCAUGCACUUUGCCGGAAUUUACGCCACAUCAGAUCUCCUUAUUGGUUCCCUUGUAGACAUAUGCAGACACCCGGAUAUCAUCGAACCACUGCGUCAAGAGAUCCGCACCUGCAUUGCAGAGGGAGGCUGGACGCCCGCCUCGUUAUUCAAGAUGAAGCUCCUCGACAGCUGCAUGAAGGAGACGCAACGCAUCAAGCCGGUCGAGUGUGCCACCAUGCGAAGCUACGCUUUGCGGGAUGUGACGUUCUCCAACGGUACCUUCAUACCCAAGGGCGAACUGGUAGCCGUUGCAGCAGACCGGAUGAACAACCCCAACGUAUGGGAAGAGCCGGAAAAAUACGACCCUUACAGAUUUAUGCGUAUGCGCCAGGAUCCUGAGAAGGCCGCAGGCGCUCUCCUGGAGAACACCAGCGCCGACCACGUUGGCUUUGGCUGGAACCCUAGGGCGUGCCCCGGCCGUUUCUUUGCCGCCAAGGAGGUGAAGAUCUUGCUGGCCCAUCUGUUGAUCCAGUAUGACUUCAAGCCUGUGCCCGGGGACAACCUCGAGCUUUUCCGCCACUCAUUCAGUGUUCGGAUCCAUCCCAAUACGAGGCUCAUGGUCCGAAGGCGUAACGAGGAACUCCCGCUCCCAGUUAGUCAGUAG